GCGCUUUAAGCUGGGCUGGUAUUCUCUCCAGACUGCGUGGGGGACAGGAGCUGUGUGUACGCUACAGUGUGUGAGAGGCAGAGGUGUUGUUAGAGAGAGAAAGGGAAGGGAGGGCAGAAACCACCCCGGACAGCGUACAGAACCCGUGGGCUGGGAGCAGUGCUGGAGAGACACUGACUUUGUGGAGCAACAUUGUGUUUUUAUUUUCACAUUAGUGAAGGAGAACGAACAACCAUGUCAGGUGCAAUCCUGAGAAGAAACUCCAGCAAGCAAGGUUUACAGAACCUGCUGAGAGUGACGACCCAGAGGAGCGUGGAGGACGCUGAGGAGGUUGAGAGGGAGCGCAGGCGGAGGGCACGGGAAUCCUUCCGCAGAGGAAGCAGCCCCCCCGGAGGCGUCUCCCAGGACAACGGCACCCCGGCUGAGGACGGCAUGUACGACGGCGAGCUGAAGACAAGCAGCUCUCUGGAGGAGGAUGAGGGCUUCAGCGACUGGACCCAGCGCCUGGAGAGACGCCGGCAGCAGCGCAUGGAGGAGCUGGGGCAGGAGCUGGGGCAGGGGCUGGGGCAGGGGCUGGGGCAGGGGCUGGGGCAAGAGCUGGGGCAGGGGCUGGGGCAGGGGCUGGGGCAGGAGGCGGCAAGCAGAGCAGCUGAAACGCCCGAAAACACCCUCUCCAUCACGGACAUGACCGCAAUGCGUCUGCAAAGAAAACCCAAGGACAAAGAGGAGGUGAAGACAAUGACAUGGAAGGAGGGUGAGAAGAGGAGGAAGGGAAAUGAGGAGGAUAAAGAGGACAGGGUCCGAGGGGGAGUGAAGGAGAGACAGCAGGAGGAGGUGCGAGUGGAGCAGAUGAGAGUCCUGAAGGAGAACCAGAGACCGGAGGUUGAGGUGAAGGAGAGAAGACAAGAAGUGAAGGUGUCACACACAUCAAAAGUGUUUGUGAAUCAGGAAGCCAAGCACAACACCAAUGGCAAUGCACCCAGAGAGGAAGUGACAUCUCACCUGGUAAAAACCAAAAGGACUUCCAGUACCUCCAUCCGCCACGCAGCCCCAGCAGCAGAGCUGGCGGAGGCUGAAGAAAGGGCGAUGAUUCUGGAGACAGAGCAGAGGCUGGAGAAGUUCAGACGCUGCCACCAGGAGAAGGAGAACCAGGAGCUGGAGCUGCUCCGUCUGAGGCAGACAGAGGCAGAGCAGGAGCUGGAGGAGCUGAAGAGGAAGAGGGAGGAGAGGCGGGAGGCCAGGGAGGGAGAGGAGCGCAGGAGGGGGGCGGAGGAGCAGCAACGCCAGGCCAAGGAAGAGGCGGAGCGGAGGAGGAUGAAGGAGGACAUUGAGCGGAGGAGGAUGCAGGCGGCAGCAAAGAUGAAGACGCUUAGUGCCUCUGUGGAGGAUGGAGAAGAGAUGUUCAGCCCUCUCAGCCCCACACACAAGAUCACAGAGAGAACGGAAUCCUUGAACCGAUCCCUCAAGAAAAGUAACAGCUUCAAGAAGACACUGCCUCCUAUUCUCCUUUCCAAGAUGGAUGACAGACUGGAGCAGUACACCCAGGCCAUUGAGAGUUCCCAGGAGGCUAAAGCAGCGAAGCAGGCCUUGGUAGACAUCCCCAGCACCCCUGAGGCUGUCGCUUCCAAGAAGAACCUGUUUGAGGCUGGAGAAGCCUGGAGCCAGAGCCCAGCCAAGGGAACUUCCUGCAAGGAUGCUGAGGGUCUGAAGGUGGGCGUGGCUGACCUCAUUACCCAAUGGGUGAAGGGGAACCCUGAUGACAGCGGCAAGCAGUCUCCCUCCAGACCCUCGGAUGUCAGACCUGGUGAUGUGAUGCAGAAGAAGAACAUGUGGGAGAUCAUUGGAGAUUCAUCCCCUGAAAGGCCUGGGGCCAAGGGUACACCCUCUGGUAAGAGGUACAAAUUUGUUGUGACGGGUCAUGGAAAAUAUGAGAAGAUUCCUGUCGAUGAGAACGGUGAUGAAUAUACCAAUGCUAAUGGAAAAUCAGACCUGUGUCAAGGUGACUAUUGAAAUGAACGUCACAGUGCCAAAGACCAACAGCUCGUCAACAACACCUUGUCAGCCGCUGUACGAAGACGGCUAGCAGUAGCACUUGCUGUGACAAGAACACUUCUUACCAGCUUCAGUAACUUGCUGUUGCUUUUUUUUGUUUACUUUAGAGAACUUCCCAUAUUGAUGGUUGUGACUUUGUUUUUGUAUGACGUAACUUGAAUAUGUUAAAGCAAACUUCCCACCUGAUUAUGUAAUGUCAUCCUGCAAAUAUUUAGUAUUGGGAUAUGAUGAUGUGUAAAUGAAUGUGAUUUAUUUUACUUUUUUCUUAAUUUGUUUUUUUACUUUUGGUUCCCGCUCAGUUUACUGUGUGUAAUUCUACAGUAAUUAGGAAAUAUGUUUGCAUUAGAAAAAAGAAAUCAUAAAAUCAAUUCAUUCAACUCGUUCUUUUCCAGGAUACAAAUGCAAACUGUCAAAUGAGCAGGACACUGGCCAACCCUAUGAGCCUCUGACAGUACUGUUUCUCCAUGUUGACCUGUCUUCUUUACUUACAGAUUUGAAAGAGACAGUAUAGCAAGAUAUCAGUCCUCGUUUAUAACAACCUAUUGGUUGUAUAAAAUGAUAGUUUAAUUUGAAUUUCUUUUAAUCUUACAUUAAAAAAUACUUCUGUUCACGCCUAUGCUUUCUCACACAUACCUCCACAUCCACUGACCUUACAAGCUGACCUUAAACCACACAAGCCUUACAAACCACAGCUAGGGCUUCACCCUGGGGGACAUCGCAUUAUUUAUGUCUUCUUUGCCAUUUGCCAAUUCCAUUAUCGUCCGUAAUUUGUGUACUAUUCUUUAUUCUUAGAUGAAAUAAAAACAUUUUAUACUUUA